AUGUUUGUAGUAUUCAGAUGCUGCAGUGCCUGGCGGGUCACGCAGGCGCAGUGGUUUGGCGGCGCGUGCGGGAGUUCGGAAGGCCUGAGGCCUAAACGGCGGGUCCCGGAGGGGGAGGGAGAGCCCGGGAGCGGGGCUGGCGCUACCUUCAGCAUGUUUUCCCCGCGAACUCCUGGUGGUGCCAAGCGGCCCCCCUCAGGUUGCUUUGGGUCCCCGCUGACCCGGAGCGGCGGCGGCUUCCCCGUGCAGGGCCGGCGGAAUGUGUCGGCCAGCGGCGUUUUUUCUCCGUCCUGGCGCUCCAGCCUGUGCGGCCGUCCAACCCCAACCAGAGGAGCACAGUAUCAAACAGUCGGCGAGACGCUCAACUAUGAAAUCAGGAGUUUUGGAUCUUCUCUUCCUGUUAAGGUUAUGGAGGCCAUAACCCUAGCUGAAGAUGAACCUUUAAGUGUUAAAAUAAGUGAAAAUGGAUGGGCCUGGCUGGUUUGUGGUGAAAAACUGAUUGUCUGGAAGAUUGGCCAGAUGCCCAUUUCAAAGUUUUCUGUGUGUAAAGAAUUCCAGUUGCCACCUUGUGAUCUCCCGUAUGUUGCAGACCUCGUCGCUUUAUCUCAUCCGGAUGAGUAUAGUUCCUUGCAGACUCGCCGCUCUUUGGGCAAAGAAAUGUCUCCUCCUCUCUGUCCGAAAUGGUCUACCCCGAAUCCUCGUACUGUGACCCCUGGUUCUGGACAGACCCACCAUCAGGAACGUUCUCCCUGCAUCUACCCUGCCCAGUCCUGUUAGAAUUUUAUAAGUCUGUAUGAGAUCCCCCUCAUUCGUCUGAACUCUAGUGAAAACAAUCCCAACCUAGUCAAUCUCUCCUCAUACGUCAGACCCGCCAUCCCCGGAAACAACCUGGUAAACCUUUGCUGCACUCCCUUGAGAGCAAGAGCAUCCUUCCUCAGAAAAGGAGACCAAAACUACACACAAUAUUCUAGAUGUGGCCUCACCAAGGCCCUGUAUACCUGCAACAACACAUCCCUGCUCCUGUACUCGAAACUUCUUGCAAUGAAGGCCAACGUACCAUUUGCCUUCUUUACUACCUGCUGCACCUGCAUGCUUACCUUCAGCGACUGGUGCGCAAGGACACCCAGGUCCCACUGCACACUCCCCUCUCCCAACUUACAGCCAUUCAGGUAGUAAUCUGCCUCCUUGUUUUUGCUUCCAAAGUGAAUAACCACAUUUAUCCAAAUUAUACUGCAUCUGCCAUUGAUUUGCCCGCUCACCCAACCUGUCAAGAUCGUGCUGAAGGAUCGCUGCUUCCUCGUCACAGUUCACCGUCCCACCCAACUUGGUAUCAUCUGCAAACUUUGAGAUGAUACAUUUUGUUCCCUCAUCCAAAUCAUUCAUAUGUAUUGCGAAUAGCUGGGGUCCCAGCACCGAUACCUGUGGCACCCCACUAGUUACUGCUUGCCAAUUUGUAAAGGACCCAUUAAUUCCUACUCUUUUGUUUCCUCUCUGCUAACCAGUUUCCUAUCCAUCUUAAUACACUUUCCCCAAUCCCAUGUGCUUUAAUCUUGCACAUUAAUCUCUUACUGCAGAGGGCUGUAGAGGUUGAAUGGUUAAGUAUGAUCAAGGCUGAGAUGGGCAUAUUUUAUCAGUAGGAGAAUCAAGGGUUGAAGGGAGAAGGCAAGAAAGCAGAGUUCAGGAUCAUCAGAUCAGCCAUGAUAUCAUUGAAGGUGGAGCAGACUCAGUGAGGCUCAUGACUUACUUCUCCUUCUACAUCUCAAGGUCUACUGGUCUUAUUAUCUAGGACUCUUGCACACCAUCCAUAUUGAUGUUUAUAGUGCAAUCCUGAUGGAGUCCUCACAAAACGUACACCAAAACCAAUAAAUAUCUGGAAUUAGGCUGCAAUCAACAGGUAACUGCACGUCCUCCACAAUAACACUCAACACUGGACCCCCCCAAGGAUGUGUCCUCUGCCCCCAACUGCACUCUCUGUGUACCCAUGACUCUGUUGCCAAAUACUGAACGAACGCCAGCUACAAGUUAGCUGACAACACCACUGCAGGGGGACAGAUAUCUAGCGAUGACGAUUCAAAAUACAGAAGGGAGCUAGAGGGCUUG